ACCAAUUUUAUGUAUUUAGACAAUAAAGUGAUUUUAGCCAAUCAAUUUUGGAAAUCCGACAUUUAUAUAAUUCUUCUUUUAGGGCAAACAGCAUUAAGUUUGACUGUAUCCCAUAGCACUCCUCACACUCUCAUGAAAGAGAUCGCCCAAAUGGAACUGUGCACAGUUCAUAUUCUGGCCGGACCCCGGAUUAUUUUCUUUUUUAAGAAACCUUUCAGGCAUUUUUUUUUCUGAGACUGAAAAUAGAACUCAAUUAAACCAACCUCCCUUGUUUACCCUUUAUUCCCUUUCUUCUCUUACAUACACAUAUAUAUAUACACACACAAUAAUAACAAUAAUGGAAACAGCCGUUCGAAAAGCAACUCGUCUUGACUACAAUCCACCGAAACAAAAGCAUUUACAAACGUUGACUAGUUUAACGUUUCAAAGUCCUGGUAACGCUGCAAGUAUCAUUGACCUCUUGGAUAAAAGACUUCGAGAAAACUCUUGGAUCAUCAUCUUUAAAGUCCUCAUCACCAUUCACACCUUAAUGAGACUGGGAGAUGGUGACAAAACAAUAGCUUAUGUCGAGACAAAACCUUCUGCUUUGGAUACCAGUAAAUUAAGGGAGAAAUCUUCGGGUGUGGUUCAUAUCCAGAAUAUCUAUUUAUAUACAGCCUAUUUAGAGCAAAAAGUCAUUGCGUACCGUCAUCUUCGUUACGAUUACGUAAAAAACACCAUGGGCAGUAAAGAGGGCAGAUUACGACAUUUAUCUGUCAAGGAUGGUUUGUUGAAAGAGACCAUUGUACUUCAAAAGCAAAUUGGCUCACUAUUGAAAUGCAACUUUAUAUUGGAUGAUGUGGAUAAUAAUAUCAGCUUAUACGCAUUUCGAUUAUUGGUAGAGGAUUUAUUAGUGUUAUUUCAAGUAAUUAACGAAUCCAUCGUUAAUAUUUUGGAACAUUAUUUCGCCAUGGAUAAAACAGAUGCUAGAACUAGUCUCGAUAUUUAUAAACGUUUUGCUAAACAAACAGAGGAUACCAUCUCCUUUUUGGACCGUGCCAGAAGACUUCAACACGAAUUAAACAUUUCCAUUCCCUCUGUGAAACACGCAAUUUAUUUUGGCCUUUCAUGGGGUUCUAAUCCUUUUAUAGCCACUGCCCAACCAAGCGCGAAUUUCACACCCAAUCAACAACAGCCGCAACAACAACAACAAUUGCAACAGCAACAGCAGCAGCAGCCAAAGGAAUUACUUGAUUUCUUUACCAGUCUCGAAAAUGAAAAGGUUAAUAUCUUUUAUAACCCAGUGAUUCAACAACAACCCAUGUUCACACCCAUCAUGGCACAACCCACAGGCCACAAUCCUUUUCGAACGAACGAUAACAGUAAUAUGAUGAUGAUACCUCAACAACAACAACAACAACAAUCAUUGUCUAGUAUCUUACCUCAACAACAAUCCAUGCCUAGCAUGAUGCCUCAACAAUCCAUGCCUAGCAUGAUGCCUCAACAAUCCACCUCAAGCAUGCUGCCUCAACAAUCCACUUCAAGUAUGCUGCCUCAACAACAGACUGGCACGGCAAAUCCCUUCCGAUCCAAUACAAUGCCACAGAUGAGCACUUCAACGCCUACAUUACCUUAUUUCAAUAACAGCGGACAAUUUCAGUCUAUGGGAAAUACUCCCAUGCAAAAUGUCACUAAUAACCCAUUUGCUAUGAGUCCAACAUCAGCAUCACCACAACAACAACAGCAGCAGCCCUCGACCAUCAUGGUAGCAGCACCCAUGGCAGGCGCGAGUCAUAAUCCUUUUAACACUGCUACACCCAAACAUCAGCAAUUACAACCUUGGGGUAGUAGUCUGUUUUAAACAAUAAAAAAUAUUAAGCCAUUUAUAAACAUACUAUGCUUCCCCCCAGUCACCGAAUGUUUGGUCCCAAACAACAUCAAAUCUUUGAGAGCUUUAAAAGAGUAGUAAGAAUUAAUGGAAUUCCUAAUUUCGGCCUAUCAUUAAAUAAAUUGGAAAUCAUUUCCAAUUAGUUAUGCUUAUGCUAAUUUCGACGUAUCUCGAGAAAACGUACAAUCAGGUUUAUAGAGGACAACGUGAGUUGCUGGAUUGUAAAUUACGCCCAUAUAUUUUGGACAAUCCCAAUAUAUCUUAUGUAUCACCGUGCAGUUCUCUUGCAACAAGAAAGUUAUGGAACAUUUAUAGAAUUUUAUCGAUAUUUCCCUCCCUCAGAC